AUGAGUGGUCCGUAUAUUUUACCCGAGGCAGAGCAUUUGCUUGGGGAGGAAGUUGAUUUUGAUCUAAAGCUGAGAGGUCAGAUAGUCGAUCGCAGAGAGACUUUAGAAGAUCGACAAAGAUUCCUUCGAAGGCUAUUGAUGGAGGAGAAAAAGGCUAAAACGGAGCGAAAAGGGAAACAUCUUUUUAAAGAUGAAAUCGAUCUUAUUAGGGAAAAAGUAGAAGCGAUCUCAGCCAGUUUAAGUAAACGAUUAGAUCGAGUGUUAGUCUCGAGAUUACGUCAUUAUCUUAUACGGGCACAUAGUGCCGUUGUUCAAGAUGAAGCUGAGAAACAGGACAAACGAGAAAUUUGCCAGCAGAUAGAGGAGAUAUUGAAGAGUUUCGAACUUAAAGUGUAUAUGGGUUCAGAGGAACCAUUGAAGGAGGAUAGGAAAGAUCAGAAGAUUUCAAAAACUAAAGUAGGUGAAGAGAGAGGCACAAAAAGUGCGGAAGAAGAGAAGAGUGGAAAUAGGAAAGAGGGAAAUAACGAAGAGAAAUCAGAAAGCGAAAUAGAUGAAAAAGCGGCUGAGAAGCAGAGAGAAUUAGAGGAAGAGUGGAAGGAAUUCAUACUAUGGAAACAAGAUAAGAUUUUUAAUGAUGCAAAGAAAAAGAGUGAGAACGAUAAAGCCAAAAUGUUAGAAGCAGACAAGGAGAGGCAACGGAAACAGAACGUUGAUAAGAGGCCACCGGAGAGUACUAAGAGCCGGAAAUCUCGUUCUGACUAUAGACAGGAAGAUGAAGUUAGUAAAAGUGAGACUGAAGAAAGCAGUGACGGAAGGUCGCCGGAGCGCAAUAAGAGCCAGAAGUCACGAAACGAGAAAGAAAAGAAGAAAGACAGUCAUAGGCCCAGAUAA